AUGUCCUCUCUGUUAACUGAUACACAGUCCUUGGAGGAGUUACUGGAAUCUUUCCUCAAUUUUCUCAUGUCUCUCCCUUCUGUUCCAGGACUCUGCUUUCUGCUGAGCUUGUCUGGAGCUGAGGCUCAGGUUGCCAAAGGCCCCUGCAAUCGGUGCCCCUUGCACGGUUCCUGCGUCAACAGCACUCACUGCACCUGCAACCCUGGAUUUAUUUCUGGAUCUGGGAAGCAAUUUUUCACAUACCCCCUGGAGAUAUGUAAAGAUAUCGAUGAGUGUAAACCGCCCAUCAGUAUAUACUGUGGAUUAAAUGCUGAGUGUAAGAACGUGGAAGGAAGUUUUCACUGUCGCUGCAUUCCUGGAUAUGCGCUCCUCUCCGGAGAUGUGCAAUUCAACAAUUCCAAUGAGAACACUUGUCAGAAUAUCACCUCCUCAAAGACACCCAACGGCCACCCAGAGCUCCAACAGAUUGUCAACAACUUUGAGUCACUCCUCACCAAUCAGACUUUCUGGGGAGCAGGAAGCAAGCAAGAAGUCGCCUCAACAGCCUCGUCUAUCCUCCAGAAUGUGGAAUCCAAAGUUCUAGAAACUGCCUUGAGGGCCCCAGGACAGAAAAUCCAGAAGGUCCAAAACAGUACUGUGGCUGUCGAAACUCGAGUGGUUUCAGACAAUUGCUCCGAAGAAAGAGAGGCAUUCCGCUUGCACACCCAGAUGAACUCCAUGGUCAUCCACUGCAUCGACGUCAUCCAGGGACGUGCACAAGGUCCCAGUGCGGUUGCUUUCGUCUCCUAUGCUUCUCUGGGAAACGUCCUCAAUGCGACUUUUUUUGAAAAGGCCGACGAGAAGGACCCGCUCUACCUGAACUCCCAGGUGGUGAGUGCCGCGGUGGCACCCAGAAGGAACUCGUCCCUCUCCCAGUCUGUCACCCUGACCUUCCAGAACCUGAAGAUGAAACCCAGCAGCCGAAAGGCCUUCUGCGUCUACUGGAAGAUCACAGAGGCGGGGGGCCACUGGUCCAGAGAUGGCUGCUUCCUCACACAAGUGAACCAGAGUCACACUGUCUGCAACUCCACGCACCUGUCCAGUUUCGCUGUCCUCGUGGCCUUCACCAGCCAGGACGAGGACCCCGUGCUGGACAUCAUCACCUGCGUGGGGCUGGGCGUGUCGCUGCUGUGCCUGGUCCUGGCGGCCCUCACCUUCCUCCUGUGCAGAGCCAUCCAGAACACCAGCACCUCCCUGCACCUGCAGCUCUCGCUCUGCCUCCUGCUGGCCCACCUGCUCUUCCUCACAGCCAUCGACAGAACCCAGCCCAAGGUGCUGUGCGCGGUCAUCGCGGGCGCCCUGCACUACCUCUACCUGGCCGCCUUCACCUGGAUGCUGCUGGAGGGGCUGUUCCUCUUCCUCACGGCGCGGAACCUGACCGUGGUCAACUACUCCAGCGUGAACAAGCUCAUGAAGUGGCUCCGGUUCCCGGUCGGCUACGGGGCUCCUGCAGUGAUCGUGGCCAUCUCAGCAGCAGCCAGGCCUCACCUCUAUGGGACACCUGCUCGCUGCUGGCUCCGCCUGGACCAGGGAUUCAUCUGGGGGUUCCUCGGCCCCGUCUGCGCCAUCAUCCUCGUGAAUUUGGUGUUUUUUCUUUCGGUCCUUUGGCUUCUGAGAAAGAAACUUUCCUCCCUCAACAGUGAGGUGUCAACCAUCCAGAACACGAGGAUGCUGACCCUCAAAGCCACAGCUCAGGUCCUCAUCCUGGGCUGCACGUGGUGUCUGGGCGUCCUGCAGGUGGGUCCCGCUGGCCAGGUCCUGGCGUAUCUCUUCACCAUCAUCAACAGCCUGCAGGGCUUUUUCAUCUUCCUGGUCUACUGUCUGCUCAGCCAACAGGUCCGGAAACAAUACCGAAAGUGGUUUAGUGAUGUCACAAAAUCAAAGUCUAAGUCUGAGAUACAGACGCUCUCCAGCAGGCUUGGCCCCGAUUUAAAACUCAGCGAAUGAGAACAAGUGAAGAGAUGAUACUAAAACUAGAACAUUCAGCUCCAUAUGGAAGUUCCUGACCAUGGAUCUCGUUGGCAUCGUGAGGAAUGAAAUGUGACCUUUGUAAAAAGGAAUGAAGUUGCGGCCCCGGGAACUCAUUCUGCAUAUCACUGUGGAAAUGUUUGACCUUCACUUCCCAAAGCGUGUGCUCCGCGUGAUACUAAGCUCUCAAUAGACGUGUGUUGAUUGUA